AACCAAUAGUAUCUCGAGUAUAUUCCAUAGUAGUUUACUCUUGACGACAUUGCAAGAGACAAACAACAAAUUGGGUUUAUGUCUUCCUUCCAAAAAAAUAUUUUAACAUAUUUUAAAAUGUUAGCGUAUUAAUUUGAAGCGAUGUACAUACGCAGUUAACUUAUUUUUAUUUAGUAUAAAUUAUUUUUGUGAUGUUUACGUAAAUGGUGUGUGAACUUUGGACUCAUGUCGGCGCGGUUUCUGCGGACCGCCGGGUUUGUGUUACUCUGUCUGACCGGACUGCAGCUCAUCCGGGCCGAGGAUUAUCUGUCUUAUGUAGCUGCUGUGUACGAGCACCGUGUGCUCCUCAACCCGGAGCCCAGAGUCCUGCUGGAGCGCAGAUCUGCACUGGAGCAUAUAGACCGGAACCUGCGCGUAUUUGAGGAACAGGCCGCAGCGGCCGCACGACAGGGCGCCCAGAUCAUAGUAUUUCCAGAAGAUGCCAUCCACGGAUUCAACUACACCAGAGCUUCAAUCGCUGGGUACCUGGAAACGGUUCCUGACCCCAACGAGGUCACAUGGUGUCCAUGUGCUGAACCAGACCGAUUUCCAGACACUGAGGUCCUCCAGAGACUCAGCUGUAUGGCACAUGAGAAUCGUAUCUUUGUUGUGGCUAACAUGGCUUCCCGUCAGAGCUGCGACAGAUCCACAGAUCUUCACUGCCCUGUAGACGGACGGUAUCAGUUUAACACUAACGUGGUGUUCAGCGACAACGGCACCAUCGUAGCUCGAUAUCACAAACAGAACUUGUACUUUGAGGCGGCGUUCGAUGCGCCACCCAAGUCGGAGUACGUCACAUUCACCACACCUUUUGCUGGUCGAUUCGGGGUGUUUACGUGCUUCGAUAUUCUGUUUCGUGAGCCGGCAGUGACCCUGGUGAAAGACAUGGGCAUCAGACAGAUCGUCUAUCCAACUGCGUGGAUGAACCAGCUCCCCCUACUGGCCGCAGUGCAGUUCCAGCGCGCAUUCUCCCACGCUGCUGGUGUCACGCUGCUGGCCGCCAACAUCCAGGCUUCUGAGUAUGGCAUGACGGGCAGUGGGAUCUUCACGCCGUGGGACUCUAUCAUUCAUCACAACACAGAGGGGAAUUCUGGGAAACUUCUGGUACUCAGAGUACCGGUGCUGGAUCCAGCCUUCAUUGGGAAAAGUUUGGACAAUGCCAGGCCAACCCUGGUGCCGUUUUCUGUGUAUUCAACAAAUAAUCUGAGCUCAGAAGAACCAGGAAAGGCUCAUGUGUGGCCUACAAGUUACAAACAGAGUGAUGUUGAAUACUGCCAUAAAGACCCUGACUGUAAAGAAAAUGCAGAUAGUCCCUUAACCUUCACCUCCAUAAUGAUGUACGAUAAUUUCACAUUGGUGCCUUUAAAAGGAAAUAAAGGGAAUCUUACUAUUUGUAGUGGCUCACUGUGUUGCCAUCUGCUGUUUCAGAGGUCACACACAGAUGAGUUUUAUGCUUUAGGAGUUUUUAAUGGUCUGCAUGUUGUGCAUGGGACGUAUUACCUGGAGGUUUGUGCCCUGGUAAGAUGCACGGGUCUGCAUCACAGCAGCUGCGGAGGAGAAACCGAAUACGCUCAUACGCUGGUGGACUUCAGGCUGGACGGGACCUUUUCGACUCAUGUUUUCCCUGGAAUUCUGGGCAGCGGGAUGAAUCUGGAGAUUCCGGAUCAUUCCGGCUGGGAGAGCGGAGGUCGUUUUUACAUUAGCCGGAGGGGGAUGACUACAGGGCUUGUGACGGCAAUGCUGUAUGGAAGAUUGUAUGAGAAGGAUGAUGUAUAAAUAAACCUACUUUUAUUUUUUU